GGUUAGCGUAGAGUCUUGUCUGCGCUGCUCUUCUGGCAUGAUCGUACGAUCCGCAGCUCAAGUUAAAUUUAUCAAGGAGUUACACCGAUUGGAUAGCAGCAAAGAUGGAGACCUGUUUUAGCAACACUAGCCCGCUAAAAACCGCCUUUAAUGCCAGGCCCGAUGGGAUCCCCGGGCUUUCCUCGCUUGUUCUACCGGAUGUGAGCACAAAGACUUCGCACUGCAGGACUCUGUUCUCCCCUGGUCCGGCGGCGGUGCUGUCUCCGGUGACCAAUUUGGCUCUGGACAUGAACAAUUUAAUUGGACUCGGAAGCCAGUGUGACACCCCGAAAAGAAGGAAAAAUGCAGCCCUUGACAAGAUCCCCUCGUUUGCCUCUGAUGUGUCAUCUGAUGCCGGCCUUGGUUUGGAUCUCCCCAGCCCUGUUGAUGGGGAACUGGAAGACGCGUUUGAAAAGGCCAUUCAGCAGUCAAGCAAAGUUAUUAAUGAGAAGAUGCCAAUUCGAAGAAUCAACUCACUGCCACUCCAGCUCCUGGGCUUCAGUCCGUGUCUGAAAGGACAAGAAUCGGACUCUAAACGUUAUGGAAUAUUCGGUCAUCAACCAUCUCAACUAAAUUCCUCAUCCAUCUCUCAAGAUGACAACAAAGAGAACAUGCCAGAGGGAAGUUUUGAAUUCAAAAAACCAUCCAAGCCCGUGUCACGGAGUCGUGUGCGAUCCUUCAGUAGUGAACGCGAUGGCUUUGCUCUCCGACCCAGCUCAGCGCCCGCUCUCAUGUUGUCCUCGCUUCCUGCAGUCCAGCAGCUCGACUUGUUUGAUUCAAGCCCCGGGUCUCUGAGACGCUCGUCCCUCGCCUCCUCUCUAAACGACUAUGAGGAUGAUGGCUUUUUAGAGAUACUUGAGGACAACAUGGAGCAGGACGACUCAGGGAUGCCAUCAGGGAUGGCAAACUUGCUCACUGCGCCGCUGAUGUCUGACAGCAUGGGGGAUGACUCUCCUGUAAUCCGCUGUCGGCCACGCAGCCUGUUUCGUUCCCCCUCUAUGCCCAGUCCAGUGUCCCGUCCCUCUGCAAAGCGCCCUGACUGCCCAGCCGAUGAAAACACGCCUGUUCGAGUAAAGAGACGACGGAGCCUGGCAGGAACCCAAGUCACCACCCUGGAACAAAACACUGAAUCUCCAAGAAUGAGCUGUUUCCUGCUCCAAAGGUCCAAGUCUUUCUGUCAAGCAGAGAUAGAAAAGUUGCUUGAUGGGCAGAGUGGCUCUAAUGAAUUAAUAGGAGAUUUCACUAAGCCUUUUGUGUUUCCCACAGUGCCGGGAGAUCAUCAAGACCUCAAAUACAUUACGUCAAAAAUGAUGGAGGCAGCCCUGACCGGCCAGUUUGAUCAUCUAAUUGAGCGGAUCAUCCUCAUCGACUGCCGCUAUCCCUACGAGUUUGAAGGUGGACACAUCAAAGGAGCUCUAAACCUGCACCAGGAAGACCAGGUGGAGAAUUUUCUCUUGAGAGCCCCUACUGUCCCAUCCUGCCCAGACAAGCGUGUUGUCGUCAUCUUCCACUGUGAGUUCUCAUCGGAACGUGGCCCUAAAAUGUGCCGCUUCAUCAGGGCCCAAGACCGCGCCAUGAAUGACUACCCAUACCUCCACUAUCCUGAGCUCUACAUCCUCAAGGGUGGAUACAAAAACUUCUUCCCUCAUUUUCAGUCCCAGUGUGAGCCUCAGUCCUACCGACCCAUGCUCCACGAAGACUUCAAGGAGGACCUGAGGAAGUUUCGCCAGAAAAGUCGCACUUGGGCUGGGGAGCGCAGCAAGAGAGACAUGUACAGUCGCUUGAACAAGUGACCGUCCAAAGUGGCCGGCCGUGACCACAUUCAGCACGACCUCCUCACGGAGCCCAAGGCCUCACCCACCAGCAGCAACGGGCCAUUUUUUAAGGUCCCAAAGUUUUAUCUGGAAGAAGGUUAGAAGAAAUUUUAAAGAAAGGAAAGAUGUGAACUGAGG